GUGGCUUACGUGCUCCAAUAACAGUAAACGUAGAAUGAACUUCACAAAAAAUCAAAAACAAAACGUAACUCAAAUUCAUUUGACCAAAAAAAAAAAAGGGAAAAAGAAAAAAAGAACAGAUUUUGAGCCAAUUAUCAACUUGAUAAGCUUGAAUUUGCAAUAGGCUCCGAUUAGCUUAAUGAAGACGGAGGGUCAGGGCGUAGAUAUGCUGGAGAAUACGAGCAAUGUACAUAAUAGAUUGCCUCGUCCAAUGAUCCAGUCUAUUUUCUCAGGAUUCCAGGAAAAGGUCCAAGAGUGUGUUAAGUCAAAUUUCAAAAGAUUGAAAACCAAUCAUGAUAAAUCAAUCUCAUCAGUCAUGAGAGGUAAGAACAGAGGAGCAUCUGCAGUCAUAGGUUUGGAUAAAGAGAAGCAAUUACAAUCUUGGAAAGAGAAUCCGAGUUGGGUUGAUCCACCGCCAAAUGUAAAGGUAAGUGUACCCAAAGGUUCUCUCUGCAACCUGAAUGUGAAAGUUAAUAUUGGAUUGCCCCCAGAUACUGUGUAUGACAUUGUAACCGACCCUGAAAAUAAAAGAGUCUUCAAGAAUAUCAAGGAAGUAUUAUCAAGGAAGGUGUUGGUUGAUGAAGGUUCAAGGCAAGUGGUUGAAUUAGAGCAAGCCGCAAUAUGGAGAUUUCUUUGGUGGUCAGGAACAAUAUCUGUUCAUGUUUUAGUGGACCAAAACAGAGAAGACUACACGAUGAAUUUCAAGCAAGUGAAAACUGGAUUCAUGGAAAGAUUUGAAGGUCACUGGAAAGUGGAACCCCUGCUUGUUGAUCAACAUCUUUGCCAUCCCUUCAGACCUAAGACGUUAGCGGAUUACAUUUCAUACACUAAAGGAAAAGGCAGGAUUGGAUCAACGGUUAGCUUGGACCAACUCAUUCAACCAGCUAUCGUACCUCCUCCACCCAUUUCUUGGUAUCUUAGAGGAAUAACUAGCAAGACGACCGAGAUGAUUAUAACAGAUUUGGUUGCUGAAGCAGCUAGAAUACGAGGAUCUUCUGGCACUGAUGGUCACCAAGGUUUGCAGGUAAAUGAGGAAUCUCCUGCUGAACCCCAAGUAGGCGAUAUUCGUGAUAUAAAAGAAAGGUGGGCGUUGAGAAGGAGAACUGCAAGGCAUCAUCGAAGAUUGUCUUCGAUUGUCAAGUCAUCAUAAUCUCUAUUUUGGCAGUUUAAUUGUGUAAAGCACAUUCUUUGUUGUAGUAUAGCUGAUAGAAUCUACUCAAAUAAAGUGUGAUUGAACACAUUCGUUAUUCUGAGUUCAAUGAAUGAUACUAUGCAAUGAGAAACCAAAUAUGACCUACAAGUGGUAAUUACUCCUCCAUCUUUAGGGAGCAGA